GAAAGAUUGUUCUGUGAACAUUCGUUUACCUCUAGAACCUCUCGACUAAGUAGCUUCUCGAUUAAUUCAUCAAAUUUGGUGGUGCCGACGUAUCACAGGUAACAGUGCGACAGUAUGCAUUCAACCCAUUCAACCAGUUACUCUACAGUGACGUCAACGAGUUCCACGUGCUCGUAUUGUUUUGGUCGUCGCCAAUUUUAACGAAACAUGCCAGCCUCAAUGAAAAAUAACGUCUUAACUUACGAAGGCUGUAAUUAUUUGCGAUACCGUUUGCUACUGUCAACAUUAUCCGGAAAAUCCGUGCGAAUCACGAAUAUCAGAGUUAAAGAUGAUGACCCCGGGCUGAGAGAAUACGAAGUCAGUUUCAUCCGCUUAUUGGAUAAAAUUACAAACGGUUCCAAGAUAGAAUUGAAUGAAACCGGCACUGAUCUAUUUUAUAGUCCAGGCUUACUGCACGGUGGUGAAUUGGAACAUGAUUGCAGCGUGCAACGAGGCAUCGGUUAUUAUUUAGAAGCAAUUUUAAUGUUAGCACCGUUCUGCAAAAAGCCGGUUGAUGUUAAACUCAGAGGAAUCACUAAUAACACUCUAGAUCCAUCUGUGGACAGAAUCAAGACAUGUGCUAUACCGAUAUUAAAAAGAUUCGUAAUAGACACUGAAAUUACAUUUACGAUUAAUAAAAGAGGAGCUGCACCUUUGGGUGGUGGAGAAGUUCGGUUUAAGUGUCCUAUUAGCCGUAAUCUUAAAAGUAUUCAAUUUCAGAACAGUGGCAUGGUGAAAAGAAUAAGAGGCACUGCGUGUAGCAUACGCGUGUCUCCUGCGAUUGCUAACAGAAUUGUAGAAUCUGCUAAGGGCGUAUUACUGAAGUUUUUGCCAGACGUGUAUAUUCAUACAGAUCAUUGUAAGGGUGCAGCCAGUGGAAAGUCGCCAGGGUUUGGAGUAACUUUGUCAGCUGAAACGACUACCGAAGUUGUUUUCGGUGGUGAAGCAUUCUCGCCUCUCAUGACGACGAAUUCUCUGCCCUGUGUGCCAGAGGAUAUUGGCAGAGAAGCAGCCAUGAAACUAAUCGACGAAAUUUAUAGGAAUGGUUGCGUGGACUCUCCUUUUCAAUCUUUGACUGCGAUGUACAUGGCAUUAGGUAGGAAAGAUGUUUCGAAAAUUGUAACAGGACCUUUAACACCAUCGAUGAUACAAUUUUUACGCGACUUACGGGAUUUCUUUGGAAUCGUUUUUAAAAUCGAGCCACUAAGAGAAGAAGAUGAAGUACUAGAUCAAAUUGUAUUAACUUGUAUGGGUGCAGGCUAUACCAAUAUAAGUAAACGUACAUUAUAA